CAAUCUGAGAUUUGAGAAAGACGUGAGGGAGUUGGAUUUAGAAAAAGGAUGCGCAUCAAUAUUAGAAAAACCCUAGAUGAAGUUAAAUCCCUAAAUAUUAAUUUUUUUAAAUAGAAACCCGAUGGGCCAACCCGCAGCCCGACCGUGUCGGCCCGGCCAACCCGACAGGGUCAACCCUAAUAGCCCGAUUUCAAAUUCGGGCUACGAAAUUGCAACCCUAAUCCUAUAUUUUUACCGGGCUAUUCGGGCUAGCCCAUCGGAUCCGGGUUAUAUUGACGUCCCUAUUGAGCAUUGCUUUUCUACCUAUUAAUUGGCCAACUCAUACACACCAAUUAGUAAGAUGGAUUCAUUCUAAUCAAUUUGGACAAGCUAUACACGUCAUAUAUUGGAUAUGCGAGAGGUGUGACAAGUCUUUUAAAUAUAUUCAUCUAUUGAAUUGUUCAAUAUGGCAAAUAUUCCUCUAAAAAUGUCGAAGAUAUAUUUUGAAAAUAUGUUGAGCUAUUGAAUUGUUCAAGAUGGCAAAUAUUCCUCUAAAAAUGUCCAAUCCAAUGCCACAAAAGAAAAUCCACAGUUAGAAAUAGCUUAAAUGCAUCGCUUUCUUCUCCAAAUCUCAUCACAGACAUAGCCUGUGCUCACACAUACAUACACAAAUUAGGUUUCGAAAAAAUGGAAGGAUUCGACGAAGAUGUCUACGUCGGAAAAAACGACGGCGCCGGGGACGACAACGCCAUGCACUACGGCUACGAAGGCGGUGCCCCGCCACCUACACCGCCGCCGCCACCGAUUGAGGGGUACGGCCAGGGGAAACUGUACAACCUCUCUGCCGACGACGAGGGCAUCUUUUCGGAGGCAGACGCCGGCGGCCCGCUGCUGCCGGAUCCCAGCCAGAUGCGCGAGGAGGGAUCUGCAUUUCGCGAGUGGCGCCGUCAAAAUAUGAUUUAUUUGGAAGAGAAAGAAAAGAAGGAAAAGGAGAUGAGAAAUCAGAUCAUUGCUGAAGCUGAUGAAUGGAAACGUAAAUUCUACGAGAAGAGGGAUCAGACGUGCGAGACCAACAAGACUCACAACAGAGAAAGAGAGAAAAUAUACUAUGCACAACAAGAGAAAUUUCACAAAGAAGCAGACAACCAGUUCUGGAAAGCGAUAGCGGAUAUCAUACCCCGCGAAGUCCCCAACUUCGAGAAGAGGCGGGGAAAGAGAGACAACGAGAAGAAACCAUCAGUUUUCGUCGUCCAGGGGCCGAAGCCUGGGAAGCCAACUGACAUGGCGAGGAUGCGUCAGAUCCUCGCCAAGCUCAAGACGAACCCUCCGCUUCACAUGAGGCCGCCUCCCCCAAAGGAGGAGGGCAAGGAUGGAAAGUCGGAGGCUAAGAAUAGUGGGAAUGAGAAGAAAGACGGGGCAGCAGAUGAGGCCGCCUCGUCUGCUGCCAAAGCUGCAGUAGCAGAUGGAGCGCCGACCGACGGAACAUCUGCUACCGAUGGAGGCAAUGGGAAUGUGGAGAAGAAGUGACCGAUUGAUUAAAUG